GGCUUGCCCACGAAAAAAUGGGGCACAGGCCCACCUGGGUUAGGCCCCUUCAAUUUGGGGCUUCUCUGAUGACGGGCGCGGGCCCCAGAACGAGUGUGACGUCACUUCCGCUGUGGAAUCCGCCUUGUUACUCUACUCUUGUUUCACUACUUAACCAAUUAAUCACAAAUUCUUAUAUAGUGCAGUCAACAAUCUGAAAAAAAUUGGCCUAGACCAUCGGGACAACCAGUGAGCCACCUAACAAAAAACUUCGUCGGCGGUUCGAUGUACGUGCUUCUAAUUUUGACCAUAAUUUUUCCGUUUUUGCUAUUCUCCUUCAGUUCUACCAUAAGCAAAGCGACUUAUCCUAAAAGAAUCACGAUGGAAUUGUACAUAGGCAGAGCUCAGCCUGCCUUCAUGGCUGUUGCCAGCACAGAAAAAAUGCUUGUAUUGGAAAAAAAACAAUACAAGAAUUUGACGUCGACAUUUAACAACAUCGAAGUUUCUCAAGAUAUUUUCGGAUCGUUCUAUGCUGAGGAUGUUUUAGUGGUCAAAUGGUCCACACAUAGUUUAACUAUUUGGGAUAUAUCGCCUGGAAGUAGAGAGGAGCUUCUUGAGGAACUACGAAGCAAUGAGGAUUUUAUAGUUCGCUUGGAAAUAAGUUACAUCCACAUAGGUGACGGUGGAAAAACGAGCGAAAGAUCUUUUGGAAAAAGUACCAUUAUUCCACCUCUUCCUGCACUUGAUAGGAAAAGACUAAUACAAAUGGUUGAAACUGAUACUGAUACACAAACGGUUGUACGUUUGCCGCUUUUAUUUCCCAAAUUUCUUUUGAUCAAGAAAGACUCAUUACCAGAAUCGUUGCCUUUAAUGGAAGAUCCCAAUAAGGAACUGCAAGGUUUUGACCAAAAAGAUAAUAAAGAAAUGCUUCCCGAUCCAAGAAGAAUGAGAAAUUUGCUUGUUAGGCUUAAUGCAAAUGAUAGUAAAUGGUGGCAAAUGAGAGAAGAAUGCUCUAUAAAUGACGAUAAUUAUUUGUAUUACCUCAAGGAUUUAGUAUUAAACGAUUGCGAUGAAAUUGUUUUGUAUGUUUUUAAUGAAAAAGUUUUACCUGGGACUUUUUUGAAAAUGGUACAAUAUGGAAUCCUUGGACUUUACAUUAUAUACUUUAUGGUAAUCGUGGAAAUAAUCAAAUCACUUAUAACCAAAAUCGAUGACAUUUGGUUACUGAAUCUACCAGACGUUGACAAAGUGUUGAGGAAAUGUAUGGAAGUUUACGUCGUUAGAGACAUGAAAAAUUACGAGCUAGAAAGUGCACUUUUCGACGAAUUAAUUUACAUUAUGAGAUCCAGAGAAACGCUCAUUAAACUUACCAGAUACGAGGACAGCGAUUACGAUCCUACGUUUAUUACUCCUGGAUCGUCCAUGAAUUAAGGAAAUGUUUCAGAAAUGUAUUGUUAAUAAUUAAAUAUAACGUUUUUUAUUGAUGAAGUUUUUUGAAUUAGAAGGCUUUGUUGACCAUUGGAUUUUGAUACAUUUUCAAUUCAAGUUUCGGAUGUUUGAGCUUCUCCAAUUGAAUAUUACGUCUAUGUAGCGGUUCUUGGCUGGAUUUCAUAUAUAUACAUGUCGUUUUAGAACGUCUUUCUUCGUUGUCCGACACCUAAUUUCCAUCCUCUUCUAUCGUCGCAAUCCUCUGAUGACAGAUUUCUUUCACUCAUGGACUUUGGUAUGGUUUUCUGCCAUUCCAGUUUUGGUCUUCCUCGUUUUCUUCUACCUGUUGAUUGCCAAUGCAGCAUUUUUCUGGGCCAC